AUGGAUUUCAAGAAUUUUGGAAAGAGCUUCACCACCUUCGGGUCGUCAAUCACCCCCUUUGCUUCUCGUACUUUCCAGUACACCAAGGAGCAGCUCGGUCAGGCUGAGGACAAGACCCAGCUUCCUCCCGACUACAUUGACCUUGAGAAGCGAGUCGACGCCCUCAAACAGGUCCACCAGAAGAUGUUGGCUGUGACCUCUCAAUACUCGAACGAGGCCUACGACUACCCGCCCAACAUCAAGGAGACCUUCCAGGACCUCGGUCGUACCGUUAGCGAAAAGGUCACCCUACUGUCCUCUGCAGGUUCCCCUGCCGAGGCUCAGGCCGCCCUCACCGCUCCCCCCAGCGCGAAGCCCCAGCCCAAGACCUUCAACCACGCCAUCGCCCGCGCCAGCUUGGCUAGCAGCCAAGUCCUUCACCAGCAGCACACUGGCGCUGGAGAGGACCCCUUGGCUACGGCUCUGGAGAAGUAUGCCUUGUCUAUGGAACGCGUUGGUGAGGCUCGCAUGGCCCAGGAUGCCCAAAUUCAGAGCCGCUUCCUCGCCGGCUGGAAUACCACCUUGAACACCAACCUGAUGUUUGCUACUCGCGCCCGAAAGAACGUGGAGAAUGCGCGCUUGACGCUUGACGCCGCCAAGGCUCGCGCACAUGGCACCACGUGGAAACUCGGCUCCGGAUCCCCCCGUGCCGACGACGGCCAGCCCCAGGAGCUGAGCCCCGAGGCCCAGGAGGAGAUUGAAAAGGCCGAGGACGAGUUCGUCACGCAGACCGAGGAGGCCGUUGGCGUCAUGAAGAAUGUUCUUGACACCCCUGAGCCUCUCCGCAACCUCGCCGAUCUGAUCGCCGCUCAGAUCGAGUAUCACAAGAAGGCUUACGAGAUUCUCAGCGAGCUUGCCCCCGUCGUUGACGGCCUGCAGGUCGAGCAGGAGGCCAGCUAUCGCAAGAGCCGUGAGAGCGCGUCUUAA